UUGUGAAUAGUUGUGUUGUGUUUUGAUUUUUUGAUUUAUUUUGAAGAACAAACUAAAAAGUUUUAUGAAAUUGUGACUAACUCGAUUAAUUGAUCUAAAGAAAGAUUUCCUUUUAUUGCAAUGUAAUUUGUUAAGAGUGUUGUUUUAAAAUUUAGUCUUUACAAGUGCUAUGUUUAUUUUUUAAAAUUUUGAGUAAGUUAAAGUCACAAUUGAAUGAUAACUUAGAUUAAUAAUGGCUGCUACAGAGGAGGAUGAAGUUAUUCGAGAAACAUUUAUGGUGAAGAGAUCCCAGAAUAAGAAAAUUUUUACACCAAUCAAUUACAAGGAACGCUGGUUUGUCCUCACUCGCAAAGCACUAAUCUACUAUGAUUCUGAUGGCCAAAAACGUAAAGAGCGUGGGCGAAUAUCAACAGAGACCAUACACACGGUAGAGCAAGCGCAGCUGGGCGAGUUGAGCAAGCAACUGCCAGAUGGUGACAACGAGAAGAGUCCGACCUACAAAUAUCCUUUCCAGGUGGGCUACACAGAACAGAACACAGACUACACGUUGUACCUGGCGGCUCGGGAGCAUUCCGAGAGAUUGAGUUGGAUACACGACAUUAGAACUGUGUGCAUAUCGAACUCGCGCCGCGCCCGCUACCACCCGGCGGUGUGGUCGGCGCGCCGCUGGGCGUGCUGCGACGCGGAGCGGCGGUCGGCGGCGGGCUGCGCGCUCACGGCCGUGUGGCCGCUGCCCGAGCCAGACCUGCAGCUGAUACUGCACGAGCAGAAGCCCAACCUGAGCUUGUCGGUCACGGCGGCUGUCACAAUGCCCGGGGGAGGCAGCGGUCCUCCCGGGACGCCCUCGGCUAAACCCAAAGAGAAGAGAACAAAAGUAGUUGUAGCGCUAUAUCCCUUCAAAGCAAUAGAAAGCGGCGAUCUGUCCCUAGAAAAGGGUGCAGAAUACGAAGUUAUUGAUGACUCACAAGAACAUUGGUGGAAAGUAAAAGAUGAGAAUGGAUUAGUAGGAUACAUACCAAGUAAUUAUGUAAAAGAAAAAGAAACCAUAGGAUUACAAAAAUACGAAUGGUAUGUAGGUGAAAUGUCUCGACAGCGAGCGGAGUCAGUACUUAAACAAGAGGACAAAGAAGGGUGUUUCGUUGUUCGAAACUCUUCAACCAAGGGCAUGUACACGCUCUCAUUAUAUACCAAAGUAAACCACUCUCAAACAAAACAUUACCACAUAAAGCAGAACGCGCGGGGUGAAUUCUAUCUAUCGGAUAAGCAUUGCUGCGCUAGUAUCCCGGAACUGAUAAACUACCAUAAGCAUAAUAGUGGAGGAUUGUGUUCGCGGUUGAAAGCUACGCCUUGUGAUAGGCCCGCACCGCCUACUGCUGGGCUUUCACAUGACAAAUGGGAGAUCGAUCCAUCCGAGCUGGUGUUGCUGGAGGAGCUGGGCGCGGGCCAGUUCGGCGUGGUGCGGCGCGGCAAGUGGCGCGGCCGCAUCGACACCGCCGUCAAGAUGAUGAAGGAGGGCACCAUGUCGGAGGACGACUUCAUCGACGAGGCGAAGGUUAUGACCAAGCUGCAGCACCAGAACCUGGUGCAGCUGUACGGCGUGUGCUCCAAGCACCGGCCGAUCUACAUAGUGACGGAGUACAUGCGGCACGGCUCGCUGUUCAACUACCUGCGCCGCACCGCGCCCGACCAGCUCGGGCCCGCCGUGCUGCUCGACAUGUGCAUACAGGUUUGCAAAGGCAUGUCAUACUUAGAACGACAUAACUACAUUCAUCGGGAUUUAGCCGCUAGAAAUUGUUUGGUAGGAGAUGAAAAUGUUGUUAAAGUAGCAGAUUUUGGUCUUGCAAGAUACGUCCUAGAUGAUCAAUACACGAGUUCGGGAGGUACUAAAUUUCCUAUAAAGUGGGCACCUCCAGAAGUUCUUAAUUAUACGCGAUUUUCCUCUAAAUCCGAUGUUUGGGCUUUUGGUGUCCUAAUGUGGGAGGUAUUUACAUGUGGCAAAGUGCCAUAUGGUAGAAUGAAGAAUUCCGAAGUUGUCGAAAUGGUACAGAGAGGUCAGGUGCUGGAAAAACCCAAAGGAUGUUUGAAUGAAAUAUAUAAUGUAAUGCGAGCAUGCUGGCGGCACGCGCCCGACGAGCGGCCGUCGUUCCGCGCGCUGAAGGAGGAGCUGGCGCAGGUCGCGCACACGGUGCUCGCCGAUUGACUGCGCCUGCUGCUCUGCCUGCUGCGCCCCGCCCGCCCGCUCGCUCACUCCGUGCACGCCUCUCCUGCCUAGGUGAUAAGGUGCACUUUCCCUUGUACUAAACCCGUUUGAGACCAUGUCAUCGCGCUUGUAAAUACCCGUUUUAAGUGCAGAUUAUACGCCUCUAUUGCGUUUGGGUUAAGGUGCACUUUCCCUUGUACGUCACCCGUUUGAGACCAUGUCAUCGCGCUUGUAAAGAUUAUACGCCUCUUUGAGUUAAGGUGCACUUUCCCUUGUACUAGACCCGUUUGAGACCAUGUCAUCGCGCUUGUAAAGAUUAUACGCCUGUUUGAGUUAAGGUGCACUUUCCCUUGUACUAGACCCGUUUUAGAUGCAGACUACACGCUUCUAUUGCGUUUACGGUAAGGUGCACUUUCCUUUGUCCGAGACCCGGUUUACAUGCUGACUUCACGCCUCUAUUGCUUUUGAGUUAAAGUGCACUUUCCCUUGUGCGUCACACGUUAUAAGUGCAGACUACACUCUUUAUUAGGUUUGCGUUAAGAUGCACUUUUCCACGUACGUUAAGCGUUUGAGACCAUGACAUCGCGCUUGCAGAGUACCCGCCUCUCCUACCUAGGCGAUAAGGUUUCCUUUGUGUUACCCGUUUUAAGUGCAGAUUAUACGCCUCUAUUGCGUUUAAGAUAAGGUUGACUUUCCUUUGCGCAUUUCCCAACUCGGGACAUAUCAUCGUGCUUGCAGAGAAACGUCUAUAACAGCUAUAAGAAUGCACAUGCUAAGUGUAUCCUCUUAAUGUACGUUAUGCGCACAAUCAAUAUCUCAUAUAAAUUUUGUGAUAGAAUUUUGUAGCAAUAAUUCCUCAUAUAAUCCCGUGUUAACUCACAUACAUAUUUAUACAAGUUGCACAUCUACUUUAUUAUAGUAGACUGAUUUAAAGUGCCUGCCUCUCUAGCACAUAUUUCAACAAUGUACCCUAAACAGUACACGUAUUUAAAACAAAUUGUUUAACAAAAACAGUGUGGUCAUGUUAUGUUAAUCACUUCCAUGUCCUAAGCAACUGUCCAGAUCUCCUAAGUUCAGCAAAUGGUGCCGCUCGCUUGCAGAGUACAUGUAAAUAAUUUAAUAUAACGAAAAUUGAAGAAUGUGUACGUAAAAUAGGUUUAAUACGCAGCUUUAGUGUUUCACGUGUUUUUGUAUGAUCAAACAGCUGAAGUGCAAAUUUUUGUUCAGAUGUUACAGGCGAAAUCGUUUAUGUUUUCAUCAAUGUAAAACUACACUUUUAUAUUUUACGAUGAACUAUGAACACGCAGCUAUUUUAAAAAGUGCAGCUGAUAAAUAGUCAAAUGUCUAUCGCUUGAACAUUUAUAUUAACUUUCAUAUUCUGCAUUUAAAUACUCUGUUACUUUUUAUAUUACACGUCUACUUUCAUAUUACGAUGGAUAAAUUACACAAUUAAAAUGGCGUAAAACAGCGUCAAAAUCAAUCCGAGAUUUUUUACACCACUUUAUUCAAAAGGAUUGAUGUAAUUUUUCGUAAUUUUAUUCCACUUUCAUAAACUGCUAAAAUAUUAAAAGUGCAAUGACUGAAACGCACAUUCCAUUUAAUUAGGAAAUGAUGGUUAAUGAUGCGUUAAUAAACAAAUAUUGCAUAUAAAUGCAGCUGACACAUAAACAUGUAUAAGAUAUAUAUAUCUAAAUACAUAUAACAAAAAGUUUGUUAAAAUGUAUAUAUUUUGAUACAAAAUGUACUUUAUAUCAAUAAUAAAUUAGGGAAAUGCUUAACCGCGACUACAAAAACCACCGGCCGUCCACUGCUUUCCAUAAGCUCAAUAUUUCAUCAAUUUUAUUAAUGUCCGUAAAUACUCAGUAGAAGUAGACAUCGAUUUUUAAUGAUAUUACAAUAUGAAUCUAACAUACCAUGAUAAUAACAUACAACUCGUAAUUGAUAUGACUACUAAAGUUAUAAAAAAUAAUUUAAUAAAAAAUUGAAACGUAUAUAUCUACGUAAAAUCAGCAUUUUUCGAUCACUAGUCGGCAAUUGUAGCAAACUCGCUUUUUACAUAACAUUGGUAAGUAUUAAUUUUCAACUAUAACAUGGUGUACAUUAUUCAUAAUAGCAUAUCAUUACAUUGUAACUGUAAAUAUUGUAAUAAUUUAAUUAAUUGUAACUUAACAGUAUUCAAAAAGAUGCGUUAGAGAUAGACUGCUUAAAACGGAAUUGUUUAGAUGGAACUGAAUAAAAAUAUAUUUCAUUCCCAUAUAUUAUAGUCAUUUACAUUCCUUUGUUCACAUGUUUUUGUCUCGAACUGAAUUUUUCAUUAAAUAUGAUGGUGUGAUUUUAAGAACCUAGUCAUAUUUUAGGUGAAUAAAUGAUGUAAUUAUUGGCAUUAUACUUGGUUCCAUUUACGUUUAGCCUGUAAAGGUGGAUCUCACGUAGCCGAGUGUAAAUGUGUAAUGAUAUCUAUAUAUUUUGUAUUUAAAAUUGAAUUUAAUGAAUCAAACUUAAAACUUGAUUGAUGUUUAUUUUAUUUGUCGAUUCUUUCUUUUAUGGAAAUGUGACAUUUUAAAUACCGCAUAUUUUAAACAUAUAAGUACAAAAAUAUAUUUCUAAAAUUUUAAUGUCAAUUUUAUUGUAUUUAGUCUGUAUUUGUAAUCGGAUAAACAAAUUUAAUAAAAAAUAGCUCAUUCAAUUUAUCAUGCUGAAAGGAAGUUACCGAAUUGACUAGCAAAUUGCAAGUAUUACAAAUGAUUACCGUUAUUUCUGAAUAUGUGUUAAUUUAAGAUUUAAAAAUGAUUUUACGCACUUGAUUUUGUUAAGUCAUUUAUUUUCAUGAAAAGGUAAAAUAGUGCCAAUUCUCGUAUCAUCAUAAAAUGGUAGCUACACAUUCGUAUUUCAUACUUUUAUAUCUAAGACAUGCGACUGAAUAAUAUUAAUUUGCUUUAUUCCUUGGUUAAAUGUCGACCUAGGUCUUAAAUAUUUUUGUAAAUAAGUAAUUAAAAUGCAACUUUGUUUAUUCAAUUUUAUGUAUCUGUAUUUUUUGUAAACACCUGCUUAUGGGAUUCAAGAAUCUUGUAAUAAUUUUAUUGAAUUUAUAUGUUUGUUAAUAUUAUGUUUAAUUAUUAAUAAUCAAUAUGUAUUACAAGUAUCGUAACAGUACAAUAUUUUAAAUGCUCUGUUUAGUAUUACUAAGAGUAAUUUGCUUUGAUUUGUACAGCAAUUCAUUUGUAUACCUACUAUUUUGUAAAAUUAAAUAAAUGAAGAUUAUAGAUA